CGCGCGCCUACCCGCCAGCGAGUGCGCACGCGCGCGCGCGCGGGGCCGGCCUCUUUUCCGGCACCCACUGAGCGCCGGGCCUCCUCACCCCACCCCACCCCCCGCCGCACAGGCUCCGCCUCCCAGACGGGGCCGCCGGGAGGAGGCGACCGGAAGCCACUUAAGCAGAGCUGGAGGUGACAGGCGAGUGAGCUGGGCUGGGAGCGCGGUCGAGGCUUUCUACGCCCGCGGCGGCGGAAUGGCUUGUACGCGGCUCGCCUCAUCUCCGUUCUGCGACUUCUAGACGCCGGCGCCCGCCUUCCACACGGACCCCCGGCGCGGACGUUGCCCGCGACGCGGCUCCUGUCGUCCGCUCUCUCAGGCUGCCCGUUCAGGAUUUUUAGACUCUGAGGAACAAUUGGAGCUAAUCUACAUCAUGGAAAUAGAAACCACUGAACCUGAGCCAGACUGUGUAGUGCAGCCUCCUUCUCCUGAUGACUUUUCCUGCCAAAUGAGACUGUCUGAAAAGAUUACUCCAUUGAAGACUUGUUUUAAGAAGAAGCAGGAUCAGAAGAGAUUGGGAACUGGAACCCUGAGGUCUUUGAGGCCAAUAUUAAACACUUUGCUAGAAUCUGGCUCACUUGAUGGGGUUUUUAGAUCUAGAAACCAGAGUGCAGAUGAGAACAACUUACAUGAACCUAUGGUGAAAAAAACUCUGGAAAUCAAUCCAUCGUGCCCACCAACAGAAAACAAUAUGUCUGUCCUGAUUUCUGAUGGUACAAAUGUCAGGGGCCAAAUACCAGAGGCCCAUCCUUCCACCGAUGCUCCAGAACAAGUGGUUCCAAUCCAGGAUCACAGUUUUCCACCAGAAACCAUCAGCGGGACAGUGGCAGAUUCCACAUCAAGGCACUUCCAGACUGACCUUUUGCACCCGGUUUCAAGUGAUGUUCCUACUAGUCCUGACUGCAUAGACAAAGUCAUGGAUUAUGUUCCAGGGGUUUUCCAAAACAACAAUUUUACAAUCCAGUACAUUUUGGACACCAGUGAUAAGUUGAGUACUGAGCUGUUCCAGGACAAAAGUGAAGAGGCCUCCCUUGACCUUGUGUUUGAGCUGGUUAACCAACUACAGUACCAUACUCACCAAGAGAAUGGAAUUGAAAUUUGCAUGGACUUUCUGCAAGGCACUUGUAUUUAUGGAAGGGAUUGUUUGAAGCACCAUACAGUCUUGUCAUAUCAUUGGCAGGUCAAGAGGACAACUACUCAAAAAUGGCAAAGUGUAUCCAAUGAUUCCCAGGAGCACUUGGAAAGAUUUUACUGUAACCCAGAAAAUGAUAGAAUGAGAAUGAAGUAUGGUGGACAAGAAUUUUGGGCAGAUUUAAAUGCCAUGAAUGUGUAUGAAACAACUGAAUUUGACCAGCUACGAAGGCUUUCCACACCACCUUCUAGCAGUGUCAACUCUAUUUAUCACACAGUGUGGAAAUUCUUCUGUAGAGACCACUUUGGAUGGAGAGAAUAUCCUGAGUCUGUUAUUCGGUUGAUUGAAGAAGCAAACUCUAGGGGUCUGAAAGAGGUCCGAUUUAUGAUGUGGAACAACCACUAUAUCCUUCACAACUCAUUCUUCAGGAGAGAGAUAAAAAGGAGACCCCUUUUCCGCUCCUGUUUUAUAUUGCUUCCAUAUUUACAGACACUUGGUGGGGUUCCCACACAAGCUCCUCCGCCUCUUGAAGCAACUUCAUCAUCACAGGUCAUCUGCCCUGAUGGGGUCACCUCAGCAAACUUUUACCCUGAAACUUGGGUUUAUAUGCAUCCAUCUCAGGACUUCAUCCAAGUGCCUGUUUCUGCAGAGGACAAAAGUUAUCGAAUCAUUUACAACCUUUUUCAUAAGACUGUGCCUGAGUUUAAAUAUAGAAUUUUGCAAAUAUUGAGAGUCCAAAACCAGUUUCUUUGGGAAAAAUAUAAAAGGAAAAAGGAAUAUAUGAACAGGAAAAUGUUUGGCCGUGACAGAAUAAUAAACGAGAGACAUUUAUUUCAUGGAACAUCCCAGGAUGUGGUAGAUGGAAUCUGCAAGCACAACUUUGACCCUCGAGUAUGUGGAAAGCAUGCUACAAUGUUUGGACAGGGCAGUUAUUUUGCAAAGAAGGCAAGCUACUCUCAUAACUUUUCUAAGAAGUCCUCCAAAGGAGUCCAUUUCAUGUUUCUCGCCAAAGUGCUGACUGGCAGAUACACAAUGGGCAGUCAUGGCAUGAGAAGGCCCCCUCCAGUCAAUCCUGGCAGUGUCACCAGUGACCUGUAUGACUCUUGUGUGGAUAAUUUCUUUGAGCCUCAGAUUUUUGUCAUUUUUAAUGAUGACCAGAGUUACCCUUAUUUUGUUAUCCAGUAUGAAGAAGUCAGUAACACUGUUUCCAUAUGAAAAAUCCUGGUACUGCUAAAUUAUUUGAUAUGAACUAAAUCCAGCAUUUGUAGCAGGUUUUGAAUGGGUGGGACAGGGUGGGAAACAGUAUUGGACAUUAAUAGGGCACUUUUCAGACCCAUUUUUUUUAAGUGCUAGAAAGUGUAAAUUUUUCUUAAGAAAAAUACAAGUUUUAAAAUGACAACUUAUUCUUUAAUUAUUUACUAAUUGUGAGUGUACUCAGUGUGGGAAAGACUACAGUUUGCAUACUCUUUUCAUUCACACUUGUACAUAUAGGCAGCAAUGUUAUUAGAAGCAUUAAUUAAAAAAAAGAAAACUGAACAGCCUAACUAAUUAAUGUGUCUUGGGUCUGGUAGAAGUAUGGCCAAAUGAAGUGGAGACUGUGAGUAAAGCGAAGGUUCAGUUUAUUUACUUACAUUGAUAAAAUUGACUGGUACUACUGUGCCCAUUCCCUUUCCAAAGCAUCACUGCUUUGGUGUAGUAUAAGUUCGUGAAAUUCUGGUGGGUGGAAAGAAAUUUUUAUUUCUAUGAGCAGGACUGAAGUAUAUCACCCAAACACAGAACAUCAAUGACUUUAACUGUUCUGCAGAGUUUGCCUGAAAAUUCAGAGUUCCGUUUAGAGGAAGUAAAAGAAAAGGAACCAUUUGAGAAAUUUUUGUCACCAGCAAAAUUUUUCACAACUAGUUAUAUGAAAGGUGAUUCUUGUUUGUUAAACUUCAGACUUGGGAAAUUCAGUCUCUUCCAUUAUCAUCCACCCUAAUUGAAGGAAUUGGGCAGCUAAUUUGGUUAAAGCUCAUCUUGAGGAUUAGAAGUAUUACUUUCUUUUGGGGUUCCAGACCUAGCCCUUAACUGAAGGUUUUAAAAGGAAGUACAUCUAUAGUCAAAUAAAUAAGAUUUAUUACUGUACUUUGCACAAAGUAGAUUCUCAAAAGUAUUUGUUGAGUUGGAAUUAUUGUUAAAGGUGAUAAUCCCACUCCUACGCCUGCCUUGCCAGAUGCAGCUGGGUUUCCUGGCUGACUCUGUACCAUACUUACACUACUUACUUAAUAGAAACACAGACUUGGAAAUUGUGCCACUGGCUCAGCUAGAGCACUGUUAGGUGAAUAUGCUGUUGCCGCAGUUCAGAGAGGUAGCAGCUAGGUGAACUUAGCCUUAAGCAAAGCAAAUACCUGGAGUUACAAAAAUGGAAGUGGUUCAUAAAGGAAUUCACCAUGGAAUUCCGUCAGAUACCACGCUCUCCUCGUAUGUUUGUGGUUGUUUCAUUUAAACAAAACUUUUCAGGAACUUCUGUGUUGUCUAAAGCAAAAUAUAUCUAUACUGAUGUCUCAGUGAAUCAGUCUGUUUAAGCACUUAUCAGGGCUUCCACGCAGUUAUUUAUUUUGCCCCAGUUGAUCCUGUUGUUUGCUGCCAUUGGCAUGAAACAGCUAACUGUGGCUGUCACGGUUGUUGCAUUCAAUUAUAUCUUGUAAACCAGUGAUUUCCAGUCUUUUUCAAGUUCAGAUACCUUAACCAUUGCUUAUUUGAUUUUAUGAAACUUGUUCCUUUUUUCUUCCUAAAGAAAAAGAAAGCUUUAUGACUUAUUUAUUUUUUUAAUAAAACUAAGCAAAAAUAAAAGUUAUGGUAAUUCUUUAAAA